AUGGAGCCGGCUCUACGUCGAGCGGCUCACAGCCUGUGUGGGCGUUGCUCAGCAUCUUUGCGGAGGCAAACAGCUGUGCGAGGCGCAUUGAAGCCGUGGGCGCAAGUGUCAAUACGGAGCGUGCAUUCGUGCAAGUCGCAAGACGCCAAACCUGGGAAGUCGCCGGUAUCUACACUUCGCUUGAACCCCGAUGACCUUUUCCAUCCAUUUUCUGAAUCGCCAGUUCCCGAAUUCCACCACAAGCAUGCUAGAGUUCCCCUCGACGCUUCGGCGGUUGACGACGCUGCUCCGGCCACUGGUGGCGAUAUGCCGCCUGCGAACGUGGAUUUCGAGUGCCCCGAUUGUGGCAUUGCAGUGUACUGCAGCAAAGAGCACUGGAUGGAUGAUUAUGAGAAUCACCUGAAGAUCUGCGAUACUCUCCGCCAAAUCAACGAAGACGACCACGAUCUACGAUCCGGACGAGUGUUUCACGAAGGCAACCUCCCCGACCUUCAGAUGGAGAAUGCUGCGGUCAACAUGACAAAUUGGGACACUUUUAUGUACACUCGAGAGUUCGAGGCGGUUGACUCGGACCGCUCAAUGAGACAAAUCACUCGACUCCUCACGUAUCCGAUUACCAUUGGCAGUGUUCUUCAUGAAUUAAGCCCCUACAAUAUCCAAAACGGAGGCCGUUUGACGGUGGAGGGACUGAAGAGCUUUAGUGCUUUGAGAUAUAACCUGCAUAUACCAAGGUCUGGCCGUGGCGCUGGCAUCAACCAACUUCGCCCAGAACCCCCGCCAGUGAGAAUAUUUAUUCUCGGUGCUCGAGCCGAAUCAUCGCUGCCACGACCUGUAUGGGUGCAGCUGGCCCAUCUAUUCCCAGAAUCACGACUGCACCUUAUCUUUAUCGGACCGGAGAGCAUGGCAAACCGUGACGACGAAUUCCCACUGCCAGAACGCACGCCGUCGAACCCCUUUGGCACCAUAGUUGAAGACCGAGUGUGGUACAACAUGAAGAUUAGCACCAUUGUGGAUUAUUACCACACCAUUCACAAGACGGGUCACUUUGCGCCUUAUGAUCCCUACUUUGAUUGCUUCAUGCUCUUCCACCCAGGUCUUGGCCAUCCUGCAAGCAGCCACGACUGGGAAGAAACUCUGCCCUUGCUGCUGGAGACCAAGGUGCCAAUUAUCAGCACUGGAUAUACUCAGGUCGACUUGGAUCGUGACGUCGAAUGGGUGAAGAAGAAAUCAGGAGGGGAGUUUGACAUCCUGUUAGAGCCUGGAGAGAACAAAUUCCGGAGUCUGCGAUGGGACCUUGAUGACAUGGACCCUCAGGAUAUCAGCUGUGGCAACUGGGGUGUUUGGGCGUUCCGAGGAAAGAGAUAUGAGACGACCACGAGGGACCUAUAG